CUUGUCCCGGCCCCGCUCUCUGCGCUCACCCCGGCCAUGACCUCGUCCAGCCGCCCCCAGGGCUCCUGGCUCCCGGCCGUGCCCGCCUGGCCCCGCCGCUUCCCGGCAGCGCCGGCCUCGCACAGCAGCACAUGGCGGCCCUGCGCACCCUCCUGCUCCUCGGGCUGCUCCUCACGGCGAGGGGGCAGAGGGCGGCGCGGAGACGGCGGCCGCCCCCUCCCCAGAGUGCGCUCGAAAAAGUGGCGGCUCAGGAGGCGCUCAGCCUCCACCAGCUCUCAGGGAAGUGGUUCCUGGUCGGCAUGGCCUCCCGCUGCAGCUACCUGGCAGAGCACAGCCACCAGCUGGAGGCCACGACAGUGACAAUGACCGUCCUGGAUGGGCAGAGCCUGGCCAUCAGCACCUUCAGGAAGCUGGACAGGAUGUGCUGGGAAAUCAGGCAGCACUACCUUCCCGCCCAGGCCCCCGGACGCUUCCUGCUGAAGGGCCAUAGGAAAAGCAGCAAAGUGGAUGUGGUGGUGGGUGAGGCUGACCCCAGCAGCUUCAUCAUUCUCUAUUACCAGAAGGGCCGCAGCAUCUCUGUUAAGCUCUAUGGACGGAGCAGCCGCGUCAGUGACGCCGUCGUGGACAAGUUCGAGCAGCGCGCCAGGGCCGUGGGGCUGAGCCAGGAUGUCACCUACUACUUCCCCACCUAUGGAUUUUGUGACUCUGCAGAUGAAUUUCACGUCCUCGAUGGUGAGUUGGGGAUGCUGGGUGAUGCGCUGGGUGCCCCCAUGUGCCAGGCUUGGUCCCUCACUGGGUACCAGCUGGGUGACCCUGUCCUGUCAGUGGGCUGGGCACACUGGGCCAGAUCCACGCUGCACUGUGGCUGUGUGGUCCUGCCCCAGGAAUGUGGGAGGGCUGGGCUGGCACGGGAAGGGCCAUGCCAGACCAUUCCCCAGGACAGAGCUUGUGCCCUUGUGUGGCAAACCAUCACUCACGAUGGGCAUCAGGUGGCAAAGCAAACCCCGCUCACUCGCCACAUGGGUCAGACUGGGCUUGAUGGAUCUAUACUGGUGUUUCCUGGGGUGAGGUCUGAUCUAGGAUGAGAUGUCCUGGCACAGGGGCAUGCUGGGGUGAAGCCUGGGGUCCUUGGGGACAGCUCCAUUACUUGUCAUUGGUGCUUGGCAAGGCAGAGGUAGGUCUCCAGCCCUGGUGCUGGGCUUGGACACCCCCGCCAGCCCCUCAGCACUUCUCUUCCUUCCAGAAACGAAGCUGUAGGUGCAGAUGGAGUUUCCAGAGGGUCCCAGAGCUCAGCCCUCACCUCAGCCAGCAGCCCAUGGCCACACAGACCUGAGCUCCUCAGCCCUUCCAGCUGUGCUGGCAGCUGUGUCUGUCCUUGUCCUGUGCCCCCCCAGCUUGUGUCCCCCCUCUGCUCUGUGCCUCACUCUCCUGCAGGAGCCCGCAACACCCCAAUAAAUGCCUCAGAGAAGAGCCUGUGUACAGGCCAGUCACCUCUUGGUCUGCCCCAGCCAGGCCAGCACUGCCUGCACCAUGGCCUGCCAGUGCCUUGGGCAUGUGCUCCUGGCUGGGGGGUGCCAGGGGGUGUUGGGGGGACUCUGCAGACCCCUUCCAUGCAGACCCCUGCCAUCUUCUCUGCAAGCCUUCCUCAGCCACGGACAGCAGGGCAGAAUUGUGGUGAUUCCUGAUCCAGCUGGCAGGGGCAAGCACUGAGGGGAACCACAGGGAGCCUGGGGCCACAGGGAGCAUGGACUUGAGGGCUCUGAGGGAGACCACAGCAUCUGCCUUUUCCCCCAACAAGCUGGGAGAUCACUCAGGGACCCGGCGGAGGAAAUCUUAUUCCCACAGUCCUGCUUCCCAUCUCCAGGGGCUGGGAAACAUCCCGUUCCCCUGCCCCAGCCCUGCAGAGUUCAUUCCCCGAGGGGCUGCUGGACUCCUGCCUGCGCGGCAGCACCUUUCAGAGAGAGGCAGGGGCUGGGGAGCUGCAGGGUUAACGCUGCAGCCCCUCAUCCGAGCCCUUGUCCCCGUGUGGAGCCCGGCCAAGGCCGCAGGCAGGUGCGGGGCCCCGCGGGGGGAGCAGCCCUCUGUCCCCACAGCAGCAUUUUGCAAUCCUGGCGGGAACUGGUAACACAUGUUGUUUAUCAGGGAAUUAUGUAAGGGAAGCCACGUGAUGUGCCCGGAGCCGGUCCCCGUUCCCCCCACCCAGGUGCGGGGCAGCCGAGCCCAGCCCGACCGCCCCCGAACCUGACAGAGCCGGGCUGUGAGCACCCAGCUCAUUUUACCUGCUCUGCGAAGGGGUUGCACCGGGCAGGGGGAUCAGGGAGGAAGGGGAGAGCCCCGGGGACCUGGGCUGGUCCCCAAGGAUUCUCCACCCCUUCACACCGGCUCAGCCCGUCCGUCGUUGGGGCUAAACCAUUUCUGGGUGCAAACACCCAGGUUAUGCCCAAGGGUCUGUGUCCAGCCCCCGCGGGGAUCCACAGCCCAGAUACCUCGUCCUGCCCCCAGCCCUGCUCUUUGUGACCCUUGCCACCGUUGGUGUUCCCCUGUGCCCCCAAGUGCUCCAGCUUUGCCACCCAGGUCCUUGGGCUGGCUCCCAGCUUUGCCACCCCCAGGACAGCCGAGCACCACCCGGAUAUCCAUCGGGCACCCCCUCCUUGCCCCUGGGCAGGGAGUACCUGGCAGCUGGGGGUACCUGGCAGCAGAGGGGGCUUUGUGUUCCUGCCGCAGUGCCAGGGACAGCCCGGGUGUUCCCUGCCCCUGUGCCCGAUGGAGAGACUCUCCCAGCACCCUGAGGGUGAGCUCCGGGGCAGACUGA